GCGGUCACGCGCGGCCUCUUUCUCUGCCGCCGCGAGUCGCGCGGAGGCGGUGGCUCGGGUUUGUUCAAGAUUCAGCUUUAUCCGUAAUCCACCGCCAUGGCCGAGGAAGGCAUUGCUGCUGGAGGUGUAAUGGACGUCAACACUGCUUUACAAGAGGUGCUGAAGACCGCCCUCAUCCACGAUGGCCUUGCACGUGGAAUUCGCGAAGCUGCCAAAGCCUUAGACAAGCGCCAGGCCCAUCUCUGUGUACUUGCAUCCAACUGUAAUGAGCCUAUGUAUGUCAAAUUGGUGGAGGCCCUUUGUGCUGAACACCAAAUCAAUCUAAUUAAGGUCGAUGACAACAAGAAACUAGGAGAAUGGGUAGGCCUCUGUAAAAUUGACCGAGAGGGCAAGCCCCGUAAAGUGGUUGGUUGCAGUUGUGUAGUUGUUAAGGAUUAUGGCAAGGAAUCUCAGGCCAAGGAUGUCAUCGAGGAGUACUUCAAAUGCAAGAAAUGAGGAAAUAAAUUUUUCGUUCACAUUCCUCA